UAAGUUAGUAACAAGAACAAAACUUUUUUAGUGCCCAUCGAUACUGAGUGAAGAAAAACAUUUUAUCAUUUUUCUAUUAGACAUAUAUCCACAUUGAUCAUGCAUCAACGACUUUGUUAAUCGCAUAGUGUACAUUUGUAUGCCGUUUUUACUUUCAUUUACCUUGUUUAAAACGUUGUAUUUCAUUGGACAACACUGGUUUUUCUUCACUCAGUAUCGAUGGGCACUAAAAAAGUUUUGUUCUUGUUACUAACUUAACUACUUUCCUUUUAAGAUUUAUGUCGAACAAACGAUUAAAAAUUGCAUUGGUGACAGGUGGAUAUACUAAAGAAUCUGUUAUUAAUUAUAAAUCAGCUAUUAACGUAAAAAAACACUUUGAUAAAGAAAAAUUUGAUGUUUAUCAAAUUAAUAUUGAGCCAAAUGGUUGGUACUAUAAUGAUGAUGAUACGACUACAAAAUCUACUAUGAUUGAUCGUAAUGAUUUUUCACUUACAAUUAAUGAAAAGAAGAUUAAAUUCGAUUGCGUUUUUAUGCGUAUCGCUGGUUCACCAGGUGAAGAUGGUAAAUUACAAGGUUAUUUUGAUAUGAUUAAUAUGCCGUAUAGCGGUUGUUCUCGUUCAACAAGUUCAGCAUUGACACUGAACAAACGAUUGGCAGUUGCAGUAGCUGGUUUUUAUGGUAUUAAUGUUCCAAAGUCUGUAUGUGUUGAAAAACCAAUUGAUAAUCGAUCAACAAUACUUCAACAAUUAGAAUUACCAGUAUUUGUUAAACCAAAUAAUAGCGGAAGUAGUUUAGGUGCUAAUCGUGUUGAGACAAUUGAUGAGUUACAAUUUGCACUAGAUCAUGCAUUUGACGAAGAUCAUCAAGUUAUAGUUCAAGAAGCAAUUGAUGGCCGUGAGUUUACUAUUGCUGUUUAUAAAUUGAAAGGCAAAAUUGAUACAUUUCCUAUUACAGAAAUUAUUCCGCAUAACAAGUAUUAUGAUUAUGCUGCUAAAUAUUGCGGUCAAUCGACAGAAAUAUCACCUGCAAAAAUCCAUAACAUACUUGAAAAUGAAAUUCGUAGAAGUGCCACUAAAAUAUAUGAAGUAAUGGAAUGUUCUUGUAUUGCAAGUGUUGAUUUUAUUUAUAACGAAAAGAAUGAAAAAUUAUAUUUCCUUGAAGUAAAUACAAUGCCAGGUCUAACAGAUGCAAAUCCACUACCACAACAAGUUAAAGCAAUGGGAUUAACAUUAACUGAAUUGUACACAGCAUUUAUUGAAGACGCAUUAGGUUUAUGA